AUGAGUGCCAGUGACCCACGGAAGGAGAACGCAAAACGGAUCAAGAACGCCAUCCAGGCCAUCAAAGUCAGGGACGGGGGCAAUGACGAUCGCACUGGGGGCAAGGACUUUAGUUUAUAUGUGACGGAGGAGGGAGAGGAAAUCAACACUAAAGAACGAGUAGUCAGGUCUGUUGAAGCUCCCGCGACAUUCAAGCCGACCGAGGCACAAGUGUUCUAUGAAAAUGGGUUACCCAAUCAUCAGUUUUUAAAGGAGCAUUUCCGUAGAGAAGGGAGAUUACAUGAGUCUCAUGCCUUGCGGAUCUUGAGAGCAGCAACGGACAUUUUAUAUAAGGAGCCUACGUUAUUGGAACUUUCCGCACCUAUAAAUAUUUGUGGAGAUAUCCAUGGUCAAUAUUAUGAUUUGAUGAGACUUUUUGAGCUUGGAGGAGACCCAAGAACCAAUAGUUAUUUAUUUUUGGGUGAUUAUGUUGAUAGAGGCUCGUUUUCUAUUGAGUGUUUGCUUUAUUUAUAUUCGUUGAAGAUCAAUUUCCCCAAUUCGUUCUGGAUGCUUCGAGGGAACCAUGAGUGUAAACAUUUGACUGAAUAUUUCACAUUUAAAUCUGAAUGCUUACACAAAUAUUCCAUGGGAUUAUAUGAAGAAUGUUUGAGAUCUUUUAAUGUAUUGCCCUUGGCUGCGGUUACAAAUAGACAAUUUUUUUGUGUUCAUGGGGGUAUAUCACCGGAGUUGAAAUCUUUGGAUGAUUUACGUAAGCUCAACAGAUUUAGAGAACCUCCGACCAGGGGAUUGAUGUGUGAUUUAUUAUGGGCAGAUCCAAUUGAAACGUAUGAUGAUGAUGACGAUGGUGAUAAUUUCAAUGGAGGAUUUGUACGAAAUUCAGUUAGAGGAUGUUCAUAUUCCUUUACAUUUAAAGCUUCAUGCGAUUUCUUAAAGAGAACUGGUUUAAUUAGUAUCAUUAGAGCACAUGAAGCUCAAGAUGCUGGUUAUAGAAUGUAUAAGGUUGCUAAAUCAACUGGAUUCCCUUCGCUUUGGACUAUUUUUAGUGCACCAAAUUAUUUGGAUACUUAUAAUAACAGAGCUGCCAUUUUGAAAUACGGAGAGAAGUUAAAUGUGGCUCAAUUCUAUUCAAAUCCUCAUCCUUAUUGGUUACCUCAUUUUAUGGACGCCUUUACUUGGUCUCUUCCAUUUGUUGGGGAAAAGGUUACCGAUAUGUUGGUUGCUAUCUUGAACAUUUGUACAGAAGAAGAAUUGGAAGAUGAAGUUCCAUUUGAUAGAGAAGCAAUUGAACCAGUGUCUCCUCUUGAACAAAAGGAUGGCUUUAGCUUUGCUACUACUGAUUCUAAUCCUCCAACUUUACCUUCAAUUGAAAGCUCUCCUAUAAUAAGCAAUUAUGGUUCUGGGUCAUCUGGUUCUGGUGUCAUUACUACAAUAACUGAAACUCCGGAAAUCAAUGAAGAUUUGGACCCAGAAUCUUGGGAAGCUAAACGGAUUGCUUUACGUAAUAAGGUUAUUGCAAUUGGAAGACUAUCAAGAAUGUUUCAAGUAUUAAGAGAAGAAUCUGUAAAUGUUGCUCAUUUGAAGGCCUUGAAUAAGGGUGUUUUGCCUAAAGGUUCAUUAAUGGGAGGUUCAGAAGGACUUAAAAGUACAAUUUCUUCAUUUGAAGAAGCUCGUAAGGCUGAUUUAUGUAAUGAAGCCUUACCACCAUCUGUGGAAGAAAUGCAAAGAAUUAAAGAAGAGAAGGAUGCAGAGAUUAGAAAUCAAAUUAACAAUUCCCAGCAUACUAGUCCUGUUUAUCAACGACUUAUUAGACGUUUAUCACAAGACAAAAAUGUGGCCAGAAGACGUCCAAGUUCUUAA